AUGGCAGUGACGCUGUCUGCGACGCGUGGCGCAUCGAAGCUUCCCGCCGUCCGCGCAACUGCUGCGCCACCCGCGGGGAAGCAGCAGUCACCUGCAACGGCGGGGCCGGCGGCUCAGUCGCAGUUCAGCUCCGACCCAGCGACGAUGUCCCACAGCACGCGCGGUAGCAAGGACUCCGCGAUUCGCGCGGCGCCGUCAUUAUCCGUCAUCGAGUGUGACGUCACUUCCCCCGACGUUAACGGAAACGGAGCCGCUAACGGAGCAUCUGCCUCCGUGUAUUCGUCGAAGCAACAGCUGGAGCUGGAGAUCCUGCCUUCUUUCGUGCCGCAAGAGCUCACAGCCGCAGCAGACAUCUCAGAAGCCUUUCUCUCUCCGGAAUCCUCCGCACUUCUGUCGCUGCCGGUACUCGAACCCGCGACCUCUCCGCAACGGCAACGGCCCGAAGCGGAGGCGGCGGAGGAACGCGGUAACAACAGCAGCAGCGCUGAAGUUACGGAUGAUGCGGGAAAAGAAAACGAGGACGAAUGCUGGCGCAGGCUGAUGGCGCGGGCUGGGUACUCGAAGCGUAUGGAGGCAAUCAGCGAUCAGUUCUUUGAAUCGGACUUGCGGCCUGUCGUCCUCUUCGAUGGCGUGUGCAACCUGUGUAACAAGUGGGUCAACUUUCUUCUCGACUAUGACCCCCACGGCAACCUGCGCUUCGCCUCGCUGCAGGGCGACUCGGGGAAGGCCCUACUCCGUCGCGCAGGUCGUGACGAAAACGACCACUCGGACAUUGUCCUCGUCGCACACAACAAGGCCUAUUUCGGCUCUGACGCAAUCCUCCAGAUCUUCUCCCGGCUGAAGCCACCUUUCCCUUUGCUGGCCGCCGCAGGCCACAUCACGCCCCACGCGCUCCACAAUUUCAUCUACAAGAACGUUUCUGAAAGCCGGUACACGCUCUUUGGCAAGGCCGAUGCGUGCCGGCUGUUUGACCCCCGCUUCGGGCAACGCUUCUUGCCUAGUGACCUGAGUCAACAGUAA